AUGGGUGAAUCCGGCGCUGGGAAGACAACACUCUUGAAUACUCUUGCUCAGCGGAUCCAUUUUGGAAAAGUUGUGGGCGACUUUUUGGUUGACGGGAAGCCGCUUCCAACGUCUUUCCAGCGUGCCACUGGAUUCGCGGAACAGCAAGACGUGCAUGAGCCUACAGCCACUGUUAGGGAGGCUCUCAGAUUUUCCGCUUUGUUGAGACAGCCGAAGGAAGUUCCUCUCGAAGAGAAGUAUGAAUAUGUCGAGACUAUCAUCAAGCUAUUGGAGAUGGAAGACAUUGCAGGCGCUACCGUUGGCAGCCAAGGGAAUGGGUUGAAUCAAGAGCAGAGGAAGCGCUUGACCAUCGGUGUUGAAUUGGCGAGUAAGCCAGAGUUGCUAAUAUUCCUUGACGAGCCCACAUCUGGACUGGAUUCUAAUGCAGCUUUCAACGUCAUCCGCUUCCUCCGCAAACUCGCCGGCUCCGGUCAAGCUAUUCUUUGCACCAUCCAUCAACCCAGCGCCGUCCUCUUCGAACACUUUGACGACCUCAUCCUCCUAAAGAGCGGCGGCCGGGUAGUCUACCACGGGCCACUCGGCAACGAUUCGCAUACGAUGAUAAAAUACUUUGAAUCAAACGGCGCCCCACGCUGUCCCAAGGACAAGAACCCAGCGGAGUACAUGCUUGAGGCGAUCGGCGCCGGAGACCCCAACCGCAAGGAAAAAGACUGGGCCGAAGUCUGGUCAAACUCGGCAAACCACACCGCGCGUAUCGAAGAGAUCAACCAACUGAUAGCCUCCCGCCUCUCCCAGGCUUCGGAGAACCAAAUAGCUGACAACCGCGAAUUCGCUAUGCCCUGGCACACCCAAGUCCUCGCGGUGGUGCAGCGGACAUUUGUAAACUACUGGCGCACGCCCCAAUACACGAUCGGCAAAUUCUCCCUACACAUCAUCACGGGCCUGUUCAACAGCUUUACCUUCUACAAAUUGGGAAACACGAGCAUCGACAUGCAGUCCCGCCUCUUCAGCGUCUUUAUGACGCUGACCAUCUCCCCACCGCUGAUCCAACAACUCCAGCCAAAGUUCCUCCACUUCCGCAACCUCUUCCAGGCGCGCGAGCACGCGAGCAAGAUAUACCACUGGAGCGCCUUUGUCAUCGGCACCAUCCUGGUUGAAAUCCCCUACAGCAUCGUGGCGGGGACCUUAUACUUUGUAGCGUGGUACUACCCCAUCGGCUUCCCCAGGGACUCGUUCACGGUCGGGUACACCUAUUUUCUAAUGCUGCUAUUCGAGCUCUACUACGUCUCAUUUGGCCAAGCCAUUGCGGCGUUCUCGCCGAACGAGCUACUAGCGUCGCUAUUCGUACCCGUGUUCUUCCUAUUUGUCGUGGCAUACUGCGGCGUCGUCGUUCCCUUCGCUGCCAUUCCAAAUUUUUGGCACUUCGUGUAUUGGGUCACUCCCUUCAAGUACUUGGUUUCUGGAUUUUUGGGCGUGCUAGUGCACGACAUCCCCGUGCGCUGCUCAAAGAAUGAAUUCGCGAGAUUCAACCUGCCCCCCGGUUUCGCUGACUGUGCUGAGUACACGGCUGGCUUCGUGCAGCGCUUGGGUGGCUAUGUUGAGGAGGAAAAUGGCGUGUGUAAGUUUUGCCAGUAUAGGGAUGGGGAUGAAUUCGCGACGAGUUUCAAUAUCAAAUAUGACCACCACUGGCGCGACCUUGGCAUCUUUUGGGCGUACAUUGUGUUUAACUUGUUUGUGGUGUUUUUUAGUACCUGGUGCUUUCUUGGGGGGUGGAGGAAGAUUGUUAGAGUGUUUAGGGGGCGGAAACAGGUUGGGGCAUAAGACAGACGGGUUUUGGUCCUUAAUUAUUGUUCCUAUUAUAUCUGAGUGAAGUUAAUUAUGUUUUUUUCCCUUUCUUAAUUCUACUUUGAUCGAUUAAUUCUACGAUAAUUUAAUCGAUUGCUUGCUCGAGGGGUAAUUCUUGA